AUGGGUCACGAGGAGGAACUAACAGCGGAGCAAGUGGAUUUGGGUGUGUCCGCACUGAGGGGCUCGCUGCGGCGCACCUGGAGUGACUUUUGUGCCACCAGCAGUAUCCACGGACUGAGGUACACCCGGGACGAGGACACCAAUCGGAUUGUGCACUUCGUGUGGCUGCUCAUCUCGCUGGUGAUGUUCAGCUGUGCCGUGGCCAUGGCCCACACCUUCUACGUGGACUUUCGCAGCAAUCCGACCCGCAUGAAUGUGGAGAGCGACUACACGCCCAUCAACAGCCUCUACUUUCCACCAGUCACCAUUUGCCCAGAGGUGCUCUUCAACAUGCAAAAGUCCAAGGCAUUCCUGGAGACGCUGCGACUGCCUCAGGGAGCCGAUGUGGCUGGCAUCCUGCGGCAGCUGAACAUUUUCUACGGCUUUAUGCUGGAUGAUGCACGCUUUCCCGAUCGGGAGAUCGAGCAAAUGGAGUCGGUGCUGUCGCUGAACAAUCUGACACUUGAGGAGUUUGUCGAGCACUUGCGCUGGGACUGCCGGCAGAUUCUGCAUCGUUGUCGGUACCACGGAAGGAUUGUGGCCUGCUCAGAGCUCUUUCAGCUCUCGAAGACCUUCUUCGGCAACUGCUGCUCCUUCAAUCUGCGCCAACAGGGACUCAACUUCACCGCUCAAAGAGCUGCUGGAGGUCUGGGCAAUGGCCUGUCGGUGAUCCUGCGGUACCAGGACGACAACUACGACCCCUUGCAGUCCUAUUCGUAUGGCGUGAAGGUACUCAUCCAGGACACCAGUGCCUUUCCCAGUGCCCACGCUGUCUCGAAGUUUGUGGCUUUCAACACGGAGGUUUUCGCCGCCCUGCGACCCGAGGAGACCUUCUGCUCGUCGGCUGUCAAGGCUCUGACCAUCGAGGAGCGAAACUGUGUGUUCGGCAACGAGUUCCACCUGCGCUACUUCCCCGACUACGUCUACCCCAACUGCGAGCUCAACUGCCGCGUGACCAACAUGGUCAAGUUCUGCGGCUGCCACACGUACUUCUUCGACUUCAAUCGCACCGAGGAUCGGAUAUGCUCCUUCCGGGAUAUCCCCUGUUUGGUGGAUAACUUUGCUAACAUAAUCACGCGAGAGAGGAGCACUCAAUGCUACUGUCCACUGACCUGCGAACACUUUGAUUACGAUGUUCAGAUCUCCAAUUUUCCGCUUCAUACCAAUAUGCCAGUGGUGGAUCCCUUCUACUCGGACAUAGCCGAGAAUGAUGGCAUUUUGCAUGUGUUUAUCAACUCUUUCAGCUAUCGGCGCAUUCGCCAGGAUCUGCUCUCGAAUAUGGUCACUUUGGUUUCCAACCUGGGCAGCGCCUUCAGCCUCUUUGUGGGCAUGAGCAUGCUCUCCGUGGUGGAGAUUCUCUACUACUUUUCGAUCAUUCUCCGCAAGAACUAUCUGCAGGAGUGUCGAGCACGCACGAAGAUGCGUGUCCCGCUGCAGCGGGAGGGGCCAAAGUUCGCCUUGCCCAAAACAAAUAAAAAUCCCAAGAAAUCCGUAUUCAUAAUUCACAAAUCGUAA